AAACCCCUAGCAAAACCCCUUAGGUGGCCCAGGUCUCUUGCUCUUCCGAUUCGAUUGCAGUGCAGAGCAAAGCAAAGAGAGACGCAAAAAUUUACAUAUAUGAUUCGUCAGACUUUCUAUUCAAACUCAGCAUCAAACUCUCGUCGCUGGAUUUCUUCGACAACACAACUCCAUGCCUCCUCAUGGAUGGACAAGAUUAAAGGUGCAUUUACCGGCGGCCAAAAGACUUCCUCUGAACCUGAAUUACCCACCUCUCAGUCAUUCACUCUCCCUCGAUUUGCGGACGAAUUGAGCAAAGCAAGGAAAUUGGGGACUCUGAAGCAGUACAUUGUAGGGCGAAGUAGCGAAGCUACAUUUGCUGAUGCUUUUGAGAAGCAAGAAUCUAUUAUCAGAUAUCUUGGUGCUUUGGAUCCCACUGGAGAGAAUCUUCAACCAAUUCAAAAGCAAGAGGCAGCAAAACAUUGCAAGUGCACAAUAGCUGAUGUUGAGAAUACAUUGGCAAAGUUUACUUGGGCAAAAGAAGCACAAACAAAACUUGAGAAGAUGAAGGAAGAAGGGAAGCCAAUGCCAAAGAACAUGGCUGAGGUUCAAAAGUUGAUGGGUUCAUCCCCGAUGGAUGUUGCACGAUCAAACUUGGCUAAGAGUGGGCAUAUUAGUAGGAAUGCAUUCUGUCCUUGUGGUUCCAAGAAGAGAUACAAAAGGCGGUGUAGGUGAUUAUCAAAUGAAAUGUCCUAUGCGAUGCAAGAAACAUAGACGUUUCUGUUUCCAUGAUGUACGGAAUCCAUACAUAGAGUGGGUGUGGAUUAUUAAUCAUGUUUGAUAGGAGUUCCCAAAUUCAAUGUUUGUAUGGUUUCUGUCAGAGGUGAUUUAUGGUUUACUAACAUUCCAAUGUCAUGAUGUCAAUUGACGCUGAUCAUCUAAGUCGUGGGUUGUUUCAACCUCAGAAACCUUGGCUCUUUAAACUGUUCAUCUACAUAAAUGGCUGCAAACCAUCCAUGAAUAUGUUUGCUGGUCUUUUCUGUAUGCUUGUAUAUUGGAUAUUCGAAAUAUUUUGUGCACUGGAACAAUGAAUAUGGUUUAUAGAUUAUGUAUACAAUUAGUAUUUGACCAUAUAUUAUAAUGUUAUCUCCCC